UCCUGGCCGCCAGCUCUAAGAGAGCAGGGUUGUAGGGGCCCAGCCUCUGCAGAGGAGUCAGGGAGAGUGCGGGAAGGAGAGGAGGCUCUGGACCGGCGCCCCGGGGACUCACUCCAGGGCUGCAGGGUCGGGGCCGGAGCCCUUUCCCUGGUCGGAGACCUGUCACGCUGGAAGGCUGAGGAGGAAGUCGGCCCGGUAGGGGGCCGCACACCUGCCGCGCUGCAAGUCAAGCACGGUUGUAGAAACCCUUCUGUCCCGUUUCCAGGCGGAGCUCUGUCUCCUCCGGUCCCGCCCCCGAGACAGGCCCCGCCCCAAGAGCCUUGGCCCCGCCCACACCUGGGCACGCGGGGAGGGGAGAGGCAAGCCAAUGGGGCGGGGAGAGAGGAAGCAGCCAAUAGGCGUGGUCGUGGGCGGGAGGCCCGCGCUGCAGGGCUAAUUGGGGCGCUCUUGGGCGGGGCCUGCGGUCCACGGGCCAAUGAGGCGGCAGGGCCGGGGCGCGCCGGGCGCUGCGGCUGCAGGUUGUCGGGGCGCCGGAGCGCCCAGGAUCGAAGGCCAGCGACCGUCCAGGACCGGGAUGGUUCUGGGGCUGUCCACCAUGGAGCUGAAGGUGUGGGUGGAUGGCAUUCAGCGGGUGGUCUGUGGGGUCUCAGAGCAGACCACCUGCCAGGAAGUGGUCAUUGCAUUAGCCCAAGCCAUAGGCCAGACAGGUCGCUUUGUGCUCGUGCAGCGUCUUAAGGAGAAGGAACGUCAGCUCUUGCCACAGGAGUGUCCAGUGGGUGCCCAGGCCACCUUCGGACAAUUUGCCAACGAUGUCCAGUUUGUCCUGAGGCGGACAGGGCCCAGCCUGGCCGAAAGGCUGUCCUCAGACAGCUGUCCACCCCUAGAACAAUGCCCAGUGCGUGCCAGCCUUCCCUCAAAACCAUGGGCAACUCCAGGCCAUGAAUCCCACAGGGCACUCACCUUUAGCCUGGGGUGUCCCAGGUUAGCCCCUAGCUCCUCACCCUCUGAGCCUCCAGCCCCUGUAGCACCCAACCUAGGCUGCUUUGAAGACCUCCAGGGCAUGGAGCUCAGGGUGCAGAGGAACGCAGAGGAGCUGGGACAUGAGGACUUCUGGGAGCAGGAGCUAAGGCGGGAAGAGGCCAGGGAGCGAGAAGGGCAGGCACGGCUGCAGGCACUGAGCGCAGCCACUGCAGAGCACGCUGCCCGGCUGCAGGCCCUGGAUGCUCAGGCUCGCACCCUGGAGGCUGAGCUGCUGCUGGCCGCUGAGGCCCCUGGGCCCCCCUCUACCACGGCAUCUGCCACUGAGCACCUGCGCCAAGACUUGGCCGUCCAGGAGCAGCAGAGCACAGAGGUGCAAAGCAGCCUGGCCCUGGUAAGCCGGGCUCUGGAGGCAGCUGAGCGCACACUGCAGGCUCAGGUACAAGAGCUGCAGGAACUGAACCGGGAGCUGCGUCAGUGCAACCUACAGCAGUUCAUCCUGCAGACGGGGGCUGCGCUGCCUCCACCCCCACAGCCAGACAGGGCCCCCCCUGGCACACAGGAGAGCCUUCUGCCUUCAGCUGAAGAAGACACCUUCCAGGGAGACCCCCAGCAGCCAAUCCCAGUGCCCACCCUGAGUCUGGAGGUCGCCACCAUGAGGCAGAGCUCCUGGAGGUAGCAGCUCCUGUCCCAGAGCAGUGCUGUGGAAGACAGAUGAGCCAGGGCAAUCCGAAAAGCUGCAAGGACAACAGAAGUCUGAUCACAGAAGAUUCUUUUCUUGUGCAGGGGGAGGCUGUGGUGCCUGAAGUUUGUGCUUCAGGGAGUUGGGAGGAUUGCCCUAGUCCUUGCCAAGUCUGACAAGCCUCCUGGAGAAGCGAGGGACGUAACUCGGAACUCACCAGGCCCCAGAGGCCACUAAUGGUUUUGGAGACGGGAGGCACGUGGACAGUGGACUCAGCCUGUGGGGGGGUGUGCCGUCUCCCCUACCCUGACCAUGAACCUCAAUAAACUGCCCAUAGUGGCUUGAGUGUG